GCAAAUAUUCGAUUGUGGUAUUCUCGAUCAUAUUUACCAUCGGAGCAAUCUUGCAAGGUGCAGCCGUUCAUUUGGCUAUGCUUCUUGUUGGUCGAUUUAUUGCUGGUUUGGCUGUAGGAGCUUUAUCAAUGUUGGUACCUGUUUACCAGUCAGAAUUAGCAUCAAAAGAAGUUCGUGGUCGUUUAAUAUCUCUUCAACAAUUCGCCAUAACUAUCGGUAUUGCCGUUAGUUUCUGGAUUAAUUUCGGGACCUCAAAAAUGCAGGGAUCCAUAUCGUGGCGUCUCCCACUGUUUCUGCAGUUGGUUCCCGGAAUCAUUCUUGGUGUCGGUAUUCUUUUCUUUCCUUUUUCCCCCCGCUGGUUGGUAUCACAAAAUCGAGAUGACGAGGCAAUUAUUGUCCUAGCACGAAUUCGUUCCGAUGGUGAUACGAAUAAUCCACAGGUUCAAGAGGAAUACGGAGAGAUAAAAGCAGAAAUCGAAACAGAAAAAGAAGUUAGCGUUAAUUCCUACGCUAAACUUUUGCAACCUCCGAUUCGUCGUCGCUUAGUACUAGGAGUGUUAAUACAAAUAUUUCAACAACUUACUGGGAUAAAUGCCGUGAUGUACUAUGCGCCAAAAAUAUUCAAACAAGCUGGUCUAUCGGAUAACAGUGUGUCAUUAUUGGCAACGGGUAUUACUGGUGUGGUGAACGUCUGUGCAACGAUACCCGCAAUACUCUGGAUUGACACAUGGGGCAGACGUCCAACAAUGAUUUAUGGAGCUGCCGUUAUGGCUCUGAGCAUGCUCACAAUGGGAGGACUCAUGGGUUCACAUGGCAGAAAGGUUUCAGAGUCUUCUAAUUCUGUUACUGUGCUGCUGGACACUCAGGCUGUCAAAUAUACGAUUAUU